CGGGGGAUAGCAGUGCUGAUCUCAUUGUACCUGCGUUGGACCGUCGUCGUCCAGCACUUUCAGUAUAUCUGGAAACUACCUACUUCCCUCGUCUGCCACCAUCAUCAACCGCAACGAUGACGCCUGAUCUAGAGGCUUGGCUUGGUCAGUUAACUCUGCACUUGCGACGGUUUCCGAUACAGGAUCUUAGCUUUGCAAAUCCCCCCCUGCCUAUCGUUGGCGUCGUGUUAGGUGCCCUGCUGUUCUUCUUCGCCGUCUUCAGCUCGGGAGAGAAGCCCCUCCAAUAUAUUGUUCCGCCACCGACACUACCUGAAGAAUCAAAGGUGCUCGAAAGCCCCAAGAUCAAGACCUCAGGCACAACAGCUAUACAAUGCUACGCUCCUGCUACUGGCCAAUUCCUCGGCUUCGUGAACCCGUCAACCCCUGCCGGUCUCGAUCGAUCCAUCGCUCAAGCCGCUGUAGCCCAGGGAAAAUGGGCCAAGACGAGCUUUGCUGAGCGAAGGCAAGUGUUACGCUCGAUGCUCCAGCACGUCCUCGAUAAUCAGGAGCAAAUCUGCAGGGUCAGCUCGCUCGACUCGGGCAAGACGAUGGUUGAUGCCCAGCUUGGAGAGAUCAUGGUAACGGCUGAGAAACUGCAAUGGACGAUCAAGCACGGCGAGAAAGCCCUGCGACCCUCGAAGCGGCCGACGAAUUUACUGCUAUCCUAUAAGAAAGGCACCGUAUACUACGAACCAUUGGGCGUCGUGGCAGCCCUCGUCAGCUGGAACUACCCAUUCCAUAAUCUAAUGGGACCAAUCAUCUCCUCCAUAUUCGCAGGCAACGGCGUCGUAGUCAAAGUCAGCGAGCAGACGUGCUGGAGCGCGGCGUACUACACCAGCAUCGCGCGAGGCGCCCUUGUAGCGCACGGCCACGAUCCGGCUUUAAUCCAGAGCGUCGUGUGUUGGCCGCAGACCGCCGGCCACUUGACAAGCCACCCAGGUGUUGCACACGUCACCUUCAUCGGCAGCCGGCCUGUCUGCCACCAUGUCGCGGCGAGCGCAGCACGUAGUCUCACGCCCGUGGUAGCGGAACUCGGCGGCAAGGACGCAGCCAUGAUCCUCGAUUCAGCGGCCCGUGAUCUCCCGCGCAUAACCGACAUCCUCCUCCGCGGCACUUUCCAGGCCAGCGGGCAGAACUGCAUCGGCAUCGAGCGAAUCAUCGCCACGCCCAAGGUCUACGACAAGCUCGUGGAGAUGCUCACACCGCGCGUGCGCGCCUUGCGCAUGGGCCUUGACAAGGACGUCGGCGCCAUGGUCUCCGACGCCUCCUUCGCACGUCUCGAGGGCCUCGUGUCUGACGCCGUGAAAGCUGGCGCCAGACUCCUCGCGGGCGGAAAGCGAUACAUCCACCCAGACCACCCGCACGGCUUCUAUUUCACCCCUACACUCCUCGUCGACGUGACGCCAGACAUGGCCAUCGCCAACGAGGAAUGCUUCGGGCCAAUAAUGACAAUCCUACGCGCGCCCUCGUGCACCGCAGACGCCGUACUAUCCCUCGCCAACACACCCGCCUUCGGCCUGGGGUCCUCCGUCUACGGCUCCGAUUCAGACCCUAUCCUGCGCCAAAUCGUCCGCGGCGUGCGCGCCGGCGGCGUCGCCGUCAAUGACUUCGCCGUGUACUACGCCAUCCAGCUCCCCUUCGGCGGCGUCGGCGGGUCAGGAUACGGCCGCUUCGCGGGCGAAGAGGGACUGCGCGGGCUAUGUAACAUGAAGAGCGUGUGCGAGGACCGCUUCGGCGCCCUCGGCAUCCGAACUGCCAUUCCCGGCCCCGCGAGAUACCCCGUUGCGUCGCAGGAGCGCGGAUGGCGGUUCACGAGGGGCGUUGUGGGGAUCGGGUACGGUCUAACGCUGGCGGAUAAGUUCUGGGCUGUGCUGGAUGUGUUGAGGAAUAUGUGAAGAGGAAUUCAUAGUCGAGAGAUUAAUCAAGACGUGUAUAUAUAAGAUAAAAAGAAGAAAUGAUGAGCGUACCUACUACCUGGCUACCGGCAUAUCAUAGAUGGUUACUUCGAAAUACCUAAUAUUAGAUCAACACAUGUAAUCACUAUCUUCGCGGAGGCAAUGACUCUCUGUCGGAGACAAAAUAUGUAGAUAUAGAUGUAGUGUUCAACGACAAAUAUCAUCCUCACGCAUGCUACAACA